AUGGCCGCAUCAGGGGUGGCGGCGGACGAUGUCCGGGUCAAGAAGUUCUACCGGGAGCAAUUCAUCAUCUUGUGCAGUUCACCGGCGAUCAAGGACCGGGUGCGGGCGGCAUCGCCGGUACCGCUCAACGACACGCCGCUGGUGCUCCUACCGUGGACUCGACUGGCGCACGCAAACCUAUCGACGCUACAGUACAAGCUCACCGUCGAGCUUGAGGGGGUGCCGCCGCACGUCUGGCGUGAAGACACCGCAGCCAAGCUCCUCGCGCCGUACUGCUGGAUACAGAGCAUCGAGCCAAUCACGGCCGCCGGCGACGACCUAUCCUCGUUCCGCCUCACAGCAUGGACGAAUAAGCCGAGCUCCCUGCCACAAAUCUUAUGGCUCAAUGUCGCAGAGCACGAGGUCAGAUCAGCGGAGACCGGAGGGGUCAGAUUCCGCGGGACUCAACCGUUCCUGUGGAAGGACACGCUGCGGUACAGGAUCAUCGUCCACCUGAGAUGCGUUCAUGACUACUCGCCGUAG